GUGUGAGUGUUAAGGGUGAUGGUGAGGGUGGGGAUCCUCCUAACACACAGAGGGGGAAGUCCCGCACCAAACAGCGACAUCAUAUCCAAAUUAGCUUCCAUGCAGAAAAACAGGACCGUUUCUCUCACACCGUUGUCUUCAAAAACAGAUUCUCCCUUCGUCUCACAGGAGUGAGGGCCUCUGGGGGGCGAUGGGUAAAAGAUGCAAAGAGGGUGAGCAGCUAGAUGCCUUGACCAGAUCAUGUGUCCCCUGUCGCAUAUUAUGUCAGCAACUGCCUGCAUCCCCCAGUUGUGCCGUUUACUGUGAGCCUGCACUCUGCAGGGCUAAGCCCGGCCACUACUACGACAGGCUGGUGAGGAGAUGUAUGAAGUGUGCAGACAUUUGUGGUAAACAUCCAGCAGAGUGCUCCCCACACUGCCCGACUCAGUCACCUCUGACGGCGACCAAAAGACUCCCUUCUGAAGUUAGCAAGCAGGCAGUGAACACCAAGCCACCACUAGGACCUUUGGACCCUGCCAUCCAAUUGUACGCCCUCCUAGGUUUAUGCACAAUACUGCUGCUUUCCAGCCUGUGUCUCGCCUUGGUUGUGUUUCUGAGGAGAGGAAAGGCCAAAAACUCAAACACCAAACCCACAAGUACCAAAAACCAGAAGCAGACGAGUGCUGUUCAGCCAGGACAGGAGUCUGGCUUUCCAGAGAGUCAGACCGAAAGAAGCCUCAAAGAUUGUCCGUCCAGUUCAACUUAUCCCCCCUGCCGUGAGUCAUCAGAGGACUCCUACCCAACGGAGACCUGCGUGUGCGUCCACUGUUUCCCUGACCUGAGGGAGCUCAGCCAGGACAGCAACAGACGGCAGAGGCCAUCCUAUUCAUUCUACCAGCAGGGCAUCCUUCAUACAGCCCACGUCCAAAACGGGGGUUCCCUGUGGACGGGGGCAACCUGAGCGCCUCAGGUCCAAAAGCACAGCAGGAGGCAGCAGUGGGAUGAGGUCCGUCUGCAAAACUACAGCUGGAGGAUUUCUACUUGGGAUAUUGGAGGUUGCUAGUUAAUGCACAGUUGACUGAUAAGGGAGUGCUCAGCGGUAAAAGGCAGAACUUUGUGGUGACCUGCAAUAUUUUAGGCCCAAAAAGCAACCAUGAUACUUUGUUCAAACUAAGAUCUAACUAGGACUAUGGCAGACACAUAAAACAAACUUUUAAGGUUUUGAGGUUUUACCUCAUGUUUCUCAAAGCGUAACAUCUGCUCUGACAUUUUUCUGUAUAGUUUUUUCAUGACGGCACUUAAAAUACAGUCGAGGAGCAACAGGGCAACUCUGGUUACACUGGCUUGCAACGACAUAAAAUAUCACAUUUUGUCACGCUGCAAACACAGACUUAGUGGAUUUUAUUAAGAUUUUUGUGGCAAACCAACAAAAACGAGUAAUUAGUGAAGCGAGCGUAAUAUUUGCCUAAAUGCAAUAAAGUGGACCCCCCGCCCAUUUUGACAUUUAGUAUUCACAGAGUCACAUUUCUUUGGACAUAACUCCAAAUUUGUGAAAGAUUUGCUGAUUUUUUCCCCCUGGAGCAUGUCUUAAAUAUUCAAAAUAAAAAAGAUUUUGGGAAGCAGAAAUACUUUGACAAUGCUACUUGACAUGCAAACUAGCCAAUCCAGGAGCACCAUUAAUUUUACUUGCCACUGACUGGAAGCCCCCCGCCCAACCCCUCCAAGAAUAAAUAUAAGGAAGACAGUAGAUGCUAGCAUCUGGGAUAAUGCUAAGAUAUAUUAAUGUAUAUGAAGGUAUAUUCAAUUUUUAGACCAUUGAAAUAGGCAAUUAUAAAUGUUUUUGAUGGAGAGUCUGAAGUAUUCACAGAUUUUAAGUAUUCGCAGGUGGUUUUAGUCCUCUCCCAAUACCACAGGUCAACUGUACCCAACGUUUGGCAGCAUUUUUUUCCUCAAAAUCCCAAUAAAUCAUGCUAAAGUUAUUGUUUUAACGAGACAAAUUGUGAGAAUAUUGCUUCUGUAAAGAUUUGCUUGAUGUCAUUCAGUUUGUUUUCAACGGUUCAACUCUAUGUAAAGUGCUUUGCUACGUUUUCGUAGGCAUUUGCUUGUUUGCCUGAGAAAACGAAACAUGACAAAUAAAGAGAAUCCCACUGAGUGGUAA